AUGAGCGAGGCCACGGCCGUGUACCGCCUGCUGACGAUCCAGAGCCACGUAGCGUCUGGCUACGUCGGCAAUCGUGCAGGCACCUUUCCCUCGCAGCUCCUGGGCUGGGACGUGGACGCGGUGAAUACGGUGCAGUUUUCGAACCACACCGGAUACGGGCGCUGGGGCGGCCUGCGUUUCGACGCGGCACACCUCGCCGACGUCUUUGCCAACAUGAAGAAGAACGGUCUGCUGCGGCAUAACCGAAUCCUCACAGGCUAUACGCCGUCGCCCGAAGCGCUUGCUGCAGUGGAGGACCUGAUCCGCGCCGAGCGCCAAAAGAACUCCUCGCUAAUCUAUCUGCUGGACCCUGUGAUGGGUGACAUGGACCGCGGGAUGUACGUGUCGCCCGACGUGCUGCCGAUCUACCGCCGCAUGCUGCACCUCUCGUCCAUUAUCUGCCCGAACCAGUUUGAGGCGCAGGUCCUGGCGGGCAUGGAUAUCACCUCGCUCGACACGAUGAAAGCGGUGCUCACCAAGCUUCACGCGGAGUAUGGGGUGCCGCACGUCGUCAUCACCUCGCUCGAACUGCCGGCCGACGACCUCGCCAAGAUCGGCGCGGCGGUCACGCUUCCAGACGGCGCGCAGCCCAUGCUCCUGGUAGGCUCGACGUGGGACGCGGAGAAGAAGUCGCCUCGGCCCUGGUUUCUGCAGUUCCCGUCGCACGGCGAGUACUUUAGCGGCGUCGGCGACUUGUUCGCCGCGCUGACCCUCGCCCGCUUCAGCGAGACGCCCGACGACCUCCCCGAGGCCGCGCGGGCCUCGUAUGCCUCCUACGGCACGCCGGCAGAGAACGAGUGUACACUGCCGAUUGCACGGGCCAUUACGCUCGCUGUCGCAUCGCUCCAGCACGUCUUGCUCCGCACCCACAAGACGAUGGUCGAACUCGGAAAAGAGGAGGGCGUCGAUCCGUUCCAGCCUACUCACACUGCCAGCGUCGAGGACCGCGUAAAAGUCAUGCGUAUGCGCGAGCUGCGCAUUAUCCAGAGCGCAGGCGACAUUCUGCACCCCACCGUGCACUACCGUCCCCAGUGGAUGCACCAUAGCGCAUAG